AUGACUGCUCUAAUAAUUUUUAGCGCAAUUAAUGCUGCUUUACCCAAGAGUGCCGCCCUUUUUGGAUUGGCUUCUAAGAGAUUAUUCUCUACUACUGUGAGACUAGCACAGGCAACACGGGCAGACACUAAAUCCACAUCCGCUGGCACAGCUUCUCAAAAUGCUAACCACGGAACUUUCGCCACUUUUGCAGAGUACAGAGAGGCAAUUAUUAAAAGAGAUCCGGUGACUAUGGAAACUAGGAACAAUAUUAUGGCUCCACACGAAAGAAGAGUGGCUGAGCCAGAAGGGGAAAGAGUUGAGGACCAAACUUUUAGAGACUUGGCUAAGAAAGUGGCCUACUAA